AUGCAGGUCGUGCGAGAGUGCUCCAACCUCGUUCCAAAUCACCCUUUUUACAAAGCCGCAAAGUCCAUCCGAACGGUGGAAUCGACCUUUACACGUGAGGAGGGCCAAGGAAAUGGCGCGCAAAUCGGCAAGCCGAAGAAUGACAAGGAGUGGCAGUUGCUAUACUUUUUCUUAGGUGAUGCAAGGCGGGACAUCAACGAGUAUCUCCGCAGCGAAAAGGCUCGCCAAGAUGUCGACAUGGCUAAAAUCCAGCAUUUCCCGGAGCUUGAGCGCUAUAUGCGCAAAUUCAACUCCGUCUUCAACAGUAUCGAGAUUCUUGUAAGGGCCACAGUGUCAGUUAAGACCCGGGACCUUCUCACUUGCAGAUGCACUCUCGAGACUCUUCGUGAACAGUCCACGAGACUCGCUAAGGUUCCAACUACUAGCUCAGACUGGGAACGUGUGUUGCGGGACGCGCUUGCCUAUGACAAUCAGCGUAGCGAUCCCGGUAAGCUAGGAACCCUUGUUAUGGAUAUGAAUAUCAUCAGAAAGGAUACUACUCAAAUGGGUAAGACGACAAUUCCAAAGAUUAACAGUGUUCAUUGCGAGGUCAAAUUACUUGUUUCGAUCGCGAGAUACGAAAAGGCGAUACCGGGAUUCCCAAAGGCGUUCACCUAUAUUGGUGUCUCCAAACUGUCAUGCCACGGCUGUGACUCCUUCAUUCGAGCUUUCAACCUUGUGCAUAACGCAUCUUGGGUAACUAAGGGGUGCCAUGGGAAGUCAUACUACCCAUGGAUGUUUCCGCUUGGUACACCCCAGGAAGACUCUGUUCGGACAAGGACUUACGCAAUCCUCGCUUUCGCGUGGGCGAAAUCGUAUACGGGUUAUCGCCAACAGCAUGUCUCUUUGGACGCCGACUCCACGGCACAGUCUGCACCGAGCGCGGGUGCUUUCAGGGACCAUAAUUUGCAGGUACAAGAUGCCGAAAUUGCGGCAGAUAUUGAAAGGGUUCGCCUUCACAAUGCUUCCCCUUGA